CUGGGGUGAUGAGAGUGGGUCAUCAACUGCAGUCAGGUGUGGUCGGCAGGGAGACGUUGCGACUGGGUCGUUGAUCCAGUCGGCGCAAUUGGGACACGAGCAACGUCUGGAGCGGUUCUGCUUAGAUGACCCACUGCCUCGAGUACGCGACACGACGCGACACCGGCUAAAGGAGCAAGAAUCAAGACCCCGGCCCCCUCUGCUUUGUGUGGGAACAUUUGAGAUGAAGUGGAAUUAAGGGAUCACCUCAAAUAAACCUCAUCUUACAAAACCACUACUGAACUGCUGUGAAAAAGAGGAACAGCUUCAUUUCUCAUUUGUUUCCAGUAAGGGAUGGUGUUAAUGUGCGAGCAGUGGAGGACUUCAUCGCCAUAACUUGAAUUAACGGGAUUUACAAUUAAAGUCUUUCAUCUGUUUGACUGUCGUAGCAAUUCACACAAAAUGCCAGACAAUAAACGCAGGCAGUCUUAGGUGUGUGACUGUCAAUAUUUAAAUGCCCAGACCAGUGAAGUCAUUACAAUCAACACAGGAUCCAAAGGAGAAAAGAGGGAGAGUCCACACUGGACGGUUGGAUGGUGACGGCAAGAAUCAGUGAGUUGGAAAUCCCCAGCAGGAGUUUCACUUUGCGGAACUGGAACCAAGGUGGAUCCACGCGGCCACUCGAACCUGUCAAGUAUGAGUCAUAAACGUGGAGCACUUCGAAAAUGCUCCGCAGUGUGCAGUCUCCUGUGGCUUCACUAUGAAACCAAAUGGCAUAAUGUGAACAUCUGAACUGAAACUCAAGUAUAAGCCAGGUCUAAAAGGGCAGAAGUAGAACUGGAAAUGUCUGAUCAUUGGCAUGGGAAUGCCUGUGACUUUUGGACAAACUGUUGUGCUACUCUGAGCUGGUAGCGUUGGGAGCCGGGACAAACCGAAACACGAGGUAGAGAAGGAAAAUCGCUGCCUUCUAUGAAAGAGAAUUUACUUUGAAAUUCAGUGAAAAGCCUCCAAAUGGCAGGAAAAGACUACAAUCAUCUCUUCAAGCUGCUCAUCAUUGGAGACUCCAAUGUGGGAAAAAGCAGCCUUUUGCUCCGCUUUGCAGACAACUCCUUCUCUGGCAGCUACAUCACCACCAUCGGCGUUGACUUUAAAAUCCGCACAGUAGACAUUGAUGGAGAGCGAGUCAAGCUGCAGAUAUGGGACACGGCAGGGCAGGAGAGAUUCAGAACCAUCACAUCAACAUACUACAGGAACACCCACGGAGUCAUUAUUGUUUACGAUGUGACAAACCCUGAGUCCUUUGUAAAUGUUAAAAGGUGGUUAAAUGAAAUCUCCCAGAACUGUGACAGUGUCUGCAAGGUCCUGGUUGGAAACAAGAAUGAUGACCCUGCCAGGAAACAGGUGGACACUCAGGACGCUGUGCGUUUUGGAGAGUCGGUCGGUGUUCGGGUCUUUGAGACCAGUGCCAAAGAAAACAUAAAUGUAGAAGAGAUGUUCAUGGCCUUCACCCGCUUGGUGCUCCGGGCCAAGAAGCAGAGCCAGAACCGAGCCGAAAGAGAAAGGGAGCGGGAGAAGGACACUGUCAACAUCAACGCUCAGAGAGACCGCGACCGCAGGAAGAAAGGGAAGAAAUGCUGCUGAGACAAAGACGCCAAAGCCACUUGUCACUCAUCGCUUGCACAGAAAGCAUUUAAAUCAGCUUGGGAUCGUGCCUUAGGAGAUAAGUGUAUUGUUUCAAACUGCAGAUAUGAAUGUUACAAACUGUGCCGUUCACUCUUUACUAUGCCAAGUUAGUAAACAAAUCUACAGGUCGUAAUGGGCCAAGGGAUUUGCAGUCUGUCAGGACUGACUGGACGUAGCGGGCCUGGAGGUCACAUGACAUGUCAAUGGACCAUUCUAGUGCACUUUUAGGUUGUUUUUUUUGUCUUAAUGUCUGUUUAAAUUUAAUCUAAACUUUAUCUAAACUGAGCUUGCGUUUCAGUAUGUGUUCUAUUAAUUAAGAUGGAGUUGAGUAGAUUUGUUCAACAAUCCAGAGUAUAAAUUAGUCUCCAACUAACAGCUGUAAACACAAUCCGCUCAGUUGUUGAUUUAUUGAUAUAAUAUAAAAAAAAUACUUAAAAGGGCCCAAAGUGUUGCCAUUUACCUUCUUGUCACAACCCAACAACUACAUCAAAUAAACAGAUGUUCUUUUUUUGAUUAUUCUUUGAGCAUCUGUAAUCCAACUCAAAUCUAACUGCAAGGUGAUCUUCAUAUCUUCUAAUAAAAUAAAUAAGAAUGUCUGUUGCCUGUGGUCUUCUACUGUAGCUUAUAAAGUGACUGUGGCAAAUGGGUUAAAACUGGCAUAGUCCUUUAACUUUGCACUAGUAACUAUUGUGUGCUCAUGUGUUUUCCCCUAAUACACAAGUAUUUGACCACUAAAGGGAAACUGGCUGCAGUUGCUAUUAAGUCAUAACUUUGUCCAACUAACCAAAUGUGAUGAGUGCCGUCCAGCUUGUUUGCCUUAUGUCAGGUAUAAUGAGGCCACUGAUUCUUGAUUCUAGUAUGUAUAAUCUUACACAUACAAGCCCAAAAUGUGUCGAGUUGUUGGAUGUUUGUUUCCUUAAUGUAACCGUUACCUAGCGAAUGUGUCCAACUACCAAUAAAGCAAUAAAUCUA